GCUCCUCCACCAUUUCGCUGCGUAAAGUCUCCUCCCCGCGACCGCUACAUUCUGCGCCGAAACCCAGUCUCUCCCGGUCCGUAUUUUAACUUCUUCCCACAGACCUAGUGGUACCUCGUUGGGUACCGGGAGACAGUUUGGAUUACUGGCAAUACGGAUUGAGUGUGAUUUUACGUGGAUGACGACUCCUUCAACGAGAAUUUAGUAAAAGAAAAUUGGUCGGAAAUUUCAGAAUAUGUGGAGGGGACCUUAAUUUCAGCAUCCUGGAAGUAGAAAGCACAGAAGAUCUGUGUCUCACACCACAGACAGGUGCAGUGUGUAGCAGGGGAAGCACAGAGGAAGGACGCUCUGGGGAGGAGGCGGUGCGGCAGCAAGCCUCUCCGGCUGUGGAUUUGCUGGGUGGCAACCCCCAGGCUGCACAGAAUGUGGCUGGGGAGUCGCCUCAGCAUGCCCCGCAGCCGGUCGGAGCUGCCCCCCACCCAGACCCUCUGUUCCCCAAUCCAUCCACUGUGCCAUUGCCAGAGAGCAACAACUCCGCAUUCUUCGGCAUGGAGAACAUCCUUCCAUCGCCAAUGCCCAAGAUUGUCCCCAUCAGCAGUGGUACUAAGGACAGUGUCUCAAAAGAAGUCCCAGCUGAGGAAAGCAUUUCUGGAGUUGUUGGAGUUGCAAGAUCUUUUCCGUCAGCCCUUACAGAGGAUUGUAGCUCCUCUGCAGAGUUGCAAAGGCUUCCAGCUCCCCUUUGUCCUCUUCUUGCCACAGCCACACAGAUCGACAGCACAGUGCAAGAGUUGCAUUCUGGGUCAAAAACUGAAAAAGAGAAAAGCCACUCAUGUAGUGACACAAACCAGAUUCAGCCACAUAAAGAAGGUGCUGGGCUUGUGGCUAAUGCAAGGACAAAGGAGAAAGAGUCUGCCAGUUUGGAAUAUAAACCAGAGACUGGGACAAACAUGGAACUUGUUGGAAAAGAGGAGGAAACGGGUGGAAAUAUUGUCCCAAAACCAUCAUCUCAAAUCUGUUUUACUGCCUCCUCAUCUUCUGUCCCACAAUCGGGUGUUAGAAUUAACACAGAACAUGAGGCUGUGGAGCAGUCUGACAGGAAUUCACUGGCCCAUGCAAAUCAGGACGGCCACUUAUCUCCAUCUGGUGCUGCGUGGCAAGCUGAUAGUCAAAAAGACUCAAAACCAUCUCCACUCCCUUUACCCUCUUUUGACAGGUGUGAGAUUAAGCAAACAGACCAGUCAAAAACGCAACCUGAUAUCACCAAGAAGCUCUCCGAUGACGCCAGAGAAAUACAGAGAGCCAACUCUGUGGAAUCAGUUGAUACAGUGGAGCAUGUUAAAGGACCUCUUGAAACUUCUCACAAAGAAACACAACUUCCAUCAACUGAAAUACUUGAGACCUCAAAUGAAAGAGAAAUGCUUGAUGGAUUAUACACAAAAACAAGCUCAGUCUCCAGCAACACAUCUAACGGAGGGGACGGCAAUGUCGAUAAGGGCUGUGAUCCCAUUGUAGGAGAGCAGGUGGAUAGAAGCACAAGGGAAGAAGAAACUGACAUGGCAAUCUCAUCUGACUUCACAAUGCUGCCCAAAUGUUCUUCCACACUGGAUAGUUCCUCAAAGCUCUCUGCUUCCCCUUCCCUGUUUGACACAGGCAUAGUUGUCUCUCUGCAGGAAGGGCAGGUUGUUGACGCAGAAACAUCUCACCCCUCUGAUCAAAUCCCCACAACAGAGACACCCCUGGUUGCUGAACUCCCUGAAGCCCAACAAAUUGUGGUUGUCCAAGAGGGAGGGCAUAUCAGUGAGGACUGGUCUGAAAUGCACCUGAAUCAGAGUUACCUCUUACAACAAGAGGAUGGCAGUCUGUGUGAAGCUGCCAUUGUUAACGAACUAACUUCUGAACCAAAGCUGUAUGAAGAGAGGGUUCAGGCACAUGUGGAGUUGGACUCACAGCCGGUGGAAGUGUAUGAGUUUUGCAGCCUGGUGGAAGAGGUUGCUGAGGAAACGGUGUGUGCCAGUAACACCACACAGAUACCUCACUCUCCAGGAUAUGAAGUGAACCUAUUCAAUGCGUUACUAGAAAACUCUGAGUAUACGGUGAAACAGGACUUGGAGGUGCACCUUGGACCAUCUAUUCACACAAUCAGUGAUAGUGACACUGUCAUAAUUACCCAGCAGCAUUUGCCUUCAUCAAAUGAUGCAAAUCAAAUAGAUAAUUCCCAUACUUUGUCCAUACAAAACAUGAGAGCGGCUGCUGUCAGACAGCAUUUACUAUUAGAUGCUAACCAAGCUGUUCAAGUGGCAAACUCAAGUGAGGUUUGUUUAGUUGAAAUAGCUGCUGUUACAUCUGACUCGUUCACUGUUGAACAGACAGACACCAGUGGGCAAAUUGAGACAACUUGCUCACAGGUCAAUGCUGCAGUGUCAGACCAAACAGAGUUGAGUGAUUCUGCUGAAAUUCACACAGCUCCCCCAAAACAGGAAGUAGAAGCAACAGCUGGUUCAUUAACUCUCAUAUCCCCAGUAGUAACUGGGGAGGUCACAGGGACACAAUCAUCUGUUGCUGUUUCAGUACAUGUUCCUCAUUUUGAAAAUCCACCUACUUGUGUACAGACCCCAGGAAUAAAUAUUGUAAGUGCCACAAAGCUUGAGGCAUUUGUCUCUUCACAUGAAAGGACCAAAGAAACCCUUGCUUUGACAGAGACUCCAUCACAGAAUGACCAGAAUGUUGCCAUGUCCACAGGAACCAAACCAGCGGCUCACUGCAGCACUCCUGUCUCUAUUAUAAAAAAUUCUAAUCCGCUCCUUCUCAAACUGGGUGGAAGUCCUAUCUUGAAAACUCCACCCUCCCUUUUGGCACAGGUGUCCAAGCAACAAAAUGUGGCCAGUAAGCUGGCCAAUGCUUCUUGCUCUGGCACAGUAUCUGAGAAGUGCCUUCCCCAAAUUGUCUCAGCAGCAGACUCUUUGUGUUCGUCAGGCAUUUUUAGCAGCCAGCAAGAUCAGACACAGUGCUCCGUCAGUAAGGCCUCUGUGCUGGAAGAAGCUGUGGAUGUGCAGCAGGUCAUUCUGAGCAGUAAUGUCAUAUUUCAGCCUGACCAGACCAUGAUAACUACAUCUGACAAAGAGGCUUUAAUUGUCACUGAAACUUCAACAAGUGAAGCUGGGUCCCAAGAUUGUGUCACACCUACUAAAGACACCCCACCUAGAAUCCUCCACACCCAUGACAUCCUCAAAACAUCAAUGGAGAGGGAAGAUUCAACGUCCACCAGUCCUCAUGACCCAAUCAGCCAAACUGACUCCCUCUAUGCGGAAGAUGAGAGUGAGGACAUGGACCAGGACGACGCAAUGGGAGAAACUGAGGCUCAGGAGGUUGCUUCUGGACAGAUAAGCAGUCCAGAGGAAGGCAGUGAAGAAGACCCUGAUGAAGACAAAGCAGAAAUUGCUUCUCCCAGCUCUCAACACAAGGUACAGCAAUGGAUUGCAGACAGGGUUACCUUGAAUUCUUCUCCUGUCUCACCCUCCACCUCCUCUUCCUACCCUGGGCCCUUACCCAGCGGUGACUGGACCACACGGCGGGAGAAGUCUUCACCUCUCCGGGAUCCUCACGGCAAAUUUGUUUCUCCUUCCGCUCUUGGUGGCUACAGCUCGCCCUCUGAUCAGACCACUCCUCAGCGACCCCGUGGGGAGCGUCACACAGACAUGGCAGAGCUGGCUAAACACGAAGCCGACAUUGAGCAUCGGACCCAGGCACUCAAGCGAGAAGGGUUCUGGUCAAUGAAGCGUCUCACACGUUUGACAGAACCUGUGCGGCCAAAGGUUCACUGGGAUUACUUGUGUGAGGAGAUGCAGUGGCUCUCUGCAGAUUUUGCCCAAGAGAGGCGGUGGAAGAGAGGGGUGGCCAGGAAGGUAGUACGAAUGGUGAUGCGACACCACGAGGAGCUGAGGCAAAAAGAAGAGAAAGCCAAGAGAGACGAGCACGCUAAAAUUAGAAAAGUUGCCUCUUCUAUUGCAAAGGAAGUGCGGGCGUUCUGGAGCAGUGUUGAAAAGGUAGUGCAAUACAAGCAGCAAUCCAGAUUGGAAGAAAAGAGGAAGAAGGCAUUGGACCUGCAGCUGGACUUCAUUGUUGGCCAGACGGAGAAAUACUCGGACCUUCUCAGCAAAUCCUUAGCAACCACAAGGCCUACUGAAACUGUCCCAGUGGCUCCCCAAAAAUCUCUGCCGCCUCCUGCUGAUGAGGAUGACAGAGACUUUGAGCCACCAUGUGAGGAGGAAGAUGAUGAGGAGACGAUAGAGGUAGAGGAGCAGCAGGAGGGCAAUGAUGCUGAAAGCCACCGGAGAGAGAUUGAACUGCUGAAGGAGGAGAGCAUGCUGCCCCUGGACCAGUUACUCAGCACCCUCAACCUGCCACAGGACUUGGGCUCAGAGGAAGAAGGCUCUGAUGAAACAUCUUCAUUAGUGGAAGAGGAAGACGGUGAAUUUGCUGCCAAUGAAGAGGAUGCUGAGGAUGAAGAGGACACAAUAGCAGCCCAAGAGAAGGUAGAGGGAACUGUAGAUCAUGCAGAAGAACUAGAUGACCUAGCUAAAGAAGGUGACAUGAGUAUUGAAGAGCUGUUGGAGAAAUACAAAGGAGCUUAUGCCUCAGACGUUGAGGCAACAUCAGCUUCUGCCUCUAAGGCGAGCUCUGACUCUGAGGCAUCUGGGGAUGACGAGGUGGAGACUGAGGAAGAUGAAAGUGAUGUGGAAAGCAACACUUCCUCCUCAGUUUCACCUGGAGACAGUGCAGAGGAGGAUGAGAGUGAGAAAGAAGAGAGUAAGGAAGAUGAUGAAGAGGAGGAGGAGGAUGAUGAUGACGACUGUGGAGAUGAAGGGAUGGAGCUCUUGCUAAAGGAAGGAGACAACAGCCCACCCUCUAGCUCACGACCAAAGAAAGAAAUCAGCCAUAUUGCUGCCACUGCGGAGAGCCUGCAGCCUAAAGGCUACACUCUGGCUACUACAAAGGUCAAGACCCCCAUCCCAUUCCUGCUGCACGGCACGUUACGAGAAUACCAGCACAUUGGACUCGACUGGUUGGUCACCAUGUAUGAGAAAAAGCUAAAUGGCAUCUUGGCUGAUGAGAUGGGUUUGGGAAAGACCAUCCAGACUAUCGCUCUGCUUGCUCACCUCGCCUGUGAAAAAGGUAAUUGGGGCCCUCAUCUGAUCAUCGUCCCCACCAGUGUGAUGUUGAACUGGGAGAUGGAGCUGAAGCGCUGGUGUCCCGGGUUCAAAAUCCUCACUUACUUUGGUAGCCAAAAGGAGAGGAAGCUAAAGAGACAGGGCUGGACAAAGCCUAAUGCUUUCCACGUGUGCAUCACUUCGUACAAGCUGGUGCUGCAGGAUCAUCAGGCCUUCCGACGCAAGUCUUGGCGUUACCUCAUCCUAGAUGAGGCCCAAAACAUCAAAAACUUUAAGUCGCAGCGCUGGCAGAGCCUGCUGAACUUCAACAGCCACCGGCGACUGUUGCUGACUGGAACCCCUCUGCAGAACAGCUUGAUGGAGCUGUGGUCUCUGAUGCACUUCCUCAUGCCCCAUGUCUUCCAGUCCCACCGUGAGUUUAAAGAGUGGUUUUCCAACCCACUUACAGGAAUGAUUGAGGGCAGUCAGGAGUACAACGAGGGCCUGGUCAAAAGGCUUCACAAGGUGCUGAGGCCUUUUCUGCUCAGGAGGAUCAAAAUUGAUGUCGAGAAGCAGAUGCCCAAAAAAUAUGAGCAUGUUGUGCGCUGUCGCCUCUCCAAGAGACAACGAUUCCUCUACGAUGACUUCAUGGCACAGGCCUCGACGCGGGAAACACUGGCUAGCGGUCACUUCAUGUCUGUGAUCAAUAUCCUCAUGCAACUCCGCAAAGUGUGCAACCACCCCAACCUGUUUGACCCUCGACCCAUCCAGUCUCCCUUCAUCACGAAGCCCAUUGUUUUCCGUACAGCCUCUCUGGUGCACGAAGCCCUGGAGGUCUCUCCUUUAAAGCGCUGCGACCUGUCAACAUUUGACCUUGUUGGUUUAGAGAGCCGUGUGUCCCGGUACCAGGCAGAUGUCUUCCUGCCACGGCACGUGGUCACACGCCAAUUAAUCCAGGAGAUCAUGGAUUCUCCUGGACCCCCUCCGAGACCCAAACCAGUACGCAUGAAGGUCAACAGGAUGUUCCAGCCGCCGCCCAAGGGUGAUAACAGACAGUUCCUGCUGAUGAACAAACCUACCUGCUCUGUGCCCCCUGCAGCUCAGACUCCCAGACCACUUCCAAUCACUGAAGUUUCCUCAAGUCCUGCAACUGCUCCUGUAGUUCAACAAGUGGUGUGUACUGUUGCAUCCGCCCCCCCUCCCCGCACAUCCAUGCAUCCUGCAGCUCAAACUGCUGUGAGGUCCAGCGUGCCCAAGCCAGUACUAACUGUACGGCCUCCCAAUACACCCUGCACAGCCAGCAUUCCUGUCCAUCCAAGUCCUAACCCCACCAGCAUGCCCCAAAGGGUUUUGCUUAGUCCAGAUAUGCAAGCCAGGUUACCUUCUGGUGAGGUAGUGAGCAUAGCUCAGCUUGCCUCCUUGGCAGGGCGACCGGUGUCGUCAUGUCAGGGCAGUAAACCCGUCACCUUUCAACUUCAGGGCAACAAGCUGACUCUGUCUGGAGCUCAGAUCCACCAAGUCCCUGCAGCUACUCCACGUCCUAUUCAAGGAAAUGUAAUGCACCUGAUGUCCACCGGGGUGCAGCAUCACAUUAUCAGUCAACCUGCUCAGGUGGCUGUCCAGAGCCCCACCACUGCCAACACCUCCUCCACUGCUCCCCCUGUGAAUCGCCUACCUCAUAAUGACCCUGCGCAAGUGCCCCCAUCCAUGGUGAGCAGCCCCGGCGUAGUGAAGAUCGUUGUGCGCCAUUCAGCAGGCAAGGAGGGUGGGCCUGUGCCCACCCUGGCAGUGGCUCCUUCCCCCCGUGUUGUUCCUCAGGCACUCCCCACAUUGCAUGCCCACGUCCACACAACCCCCGUCAGAAACAGCGCUCCUCUGCAAAUAGCCCAGCGCACCCCUGGUCCUGCUACUGCCCACUACACCAUAGCUCCUCCCAGAAACACUAGUUCAACCCUGAACCAGCCACAACCCCCUCGCCCUGUUCUCAAAGUAGUGCAGGCCCCUUCAUCGAGCACAGAGAGGCCAGCUCUGGCAACCCCCUCAUCCUCUGCAUCAAAGUCUUUAACACCACGUGACAGUAGUGGCAGUCAAAAACCUGUUGUCAUGAAGUCGAGGGCCAGCGCAGGGGAAAAAACCUUCCCACCACCCAGAAAAGUACCCCGUCCACCUCCUCGCUCCCCUUUUUACAUGCCGUGGCUGUCAGAGACCUAUAAACAGCAGCAUGACAGUCAGCUGGACUUUAUCUUUAGAGUCAAUGAGCAGCACUGUGGAGCCAAGCCUGUGUAUGGCCAAGAGGUUUUGGACUUUCUGACUUUCCUCCCAGGCCCUCGUCCCUCUCCAGCUGCCCCAUCUACUCGGGCAGAAUGGGGCCGGUCAGGUCACAGAAGCUGUCUUGUCACACAGUUCCAAAACAAAUAUGACUUCUGGUCACAGAGUCGUGCUGUGAAAAAAGCCAUCCACAGCAUUGAGGCGAGGCUGGAGCUACUUUCUGAUAUUAUAGACAGGUUCACAUUUGUGAUUCCCCCUGUAGAGGCUCCUUCAAUCUCCAUGCACUGCUGCCAUCCUCCUCCCUCUUUGAGCCACAAACAGUCAGUCUUCUCCUCCAUGCUAUCAAGUCAGGUUGCUCCACUCACGCGCAAUCUCCAUCGUAUCCAAAGUAGCAUGAGGACUCAGUUUCCAGAUCUGAGGCUCAUUCAGUAUGACUGUGGCAAGCUUCAGACUCUCCAUACUUUGCUGCGAAAGUUGAAGACAGGAGGCCACAGGGUGCUGAUCUUCACUCAGAUGACACGAAUGUUAGAUGUGCUCGAGCAGUUUCUUAACUACCACGGACACAUCUACCUCCGCCUUGAUGGUAGCACCCGUGUGGAGCAGAGACAGGCCCUGAUGGAGCGCUUCAACGCAGAUCGACGCAUCUUCUGCUUCAUUUUGUCAACUCGCAGUGGAGGUGUAGGGGUGAACCUGACAGGAGCCGACACUGUGGUUUUCUAUGACAGUGAUUGGAACCCUACCAUGGAUGCCCAGGCACAGGACAGAUGUCAUCGUAUUGGGCAGACGCGUGAUGUCCACAUCUAUAGGCUGAUCAGUGAGCGCACAGUGGAGGAAAACAUUUUAAAGAAAGCCAACCAGAAGAGGAUGCUUGGAGAUAUGGCUAUUGAAGGAGGAAACUUCACUACUGCCUUCUUCAAACAGCAAACCAUUCGAGAGCUGUUUGAUAUGAAUGAAGGAGAGAAACGAGAGAUGGCAGUGGAGCUAUCGGUGCCCCAAGCUGAGGAAGAGGAAGCUGCAAACAAACAAAACACCACCAUUCUGGAACAGGCCCUGUGUCGUGCUGAGGAUGAGGAGGACAUUGUAGCAGCCUCUCAGGCUAAAGCUGAGCAGGUGGCAGAACUGGCAGAGUUCAAUGAGAACAUACCACUAGAUGAUGGAGGGGAACAAGAGGAGGUGGAGGAGCUCUCGAAGGCUGAGCAGGAGAUCGCAGCUCUGGUCGAGCAGCUCACUCCCAUUGAACGAUAUGCCAUGAACUUUCUGGAAGCCUCUUUAGAAGAUGUUUGCAAGGAAGAAUUGAAGCAAGCUGAGGAGCAAGUGGAGGCUGCCAGGAAGGGCCUGGACCAAGCCAAGGAGGAGGGCCUCAAGCUUCACGCUUCAUCUGAUGAUGACGAUGAUGAGUUUUUAUCACCACCGGCUUCUGUGGAGCCUGCACAGCCAGCUCCAGCUCGCCGGGGGCGUAAACCCAAGGACAAAGACAAGAUUGUCUCCUCUACAAGGACCAGUGGUCGGCUUCGUGGGGCCUCACCUGAAACUGAGCCUGAGCCUACCACUCCUAAAGAAGUGCCUGAAAGACUCCGCCUUGGUCUGAGAGGACGAGGACCUGCCAAAGACACUGGUAUUGUGUCUACCACCCCGUCUCGCACAGAACAUUUAAAACCCUCCAUAACAACUAAACACCAGGACUUUGUCAAAUCUUCAAAAGCUUCAUCACCUGCCAGAGAUAACCAGACCACCAAAACCAGGACUCCAAACCGUUCCCAUCCCAGUCCUGUACAUGUCCCCCCAGCAGUCUCUCCUCCUGGAGGGAAACAACUGUGUAUUGUCGAGACUGAUGUUAAGAGCUCCAAAGCAGGCAUGGAGGAAAAGGAGGGGGAGGAGGAGAGGAGGGUGUCAGAGUCGUCCCCAGAAUCCAGCUGUGAUGUGGACCAUCAGAAAAAAGAUAAUGACAACAAAGACCACAAUGCCAUGUCUCCCCCCUCCACUAGCUCCAGAUCGCCUCGCAAGCGUCAGUCAGCAGAUGAUGAGGUCCUGCGAGGUCUCAUUGAAGACUCCCCAUCAGCCAAAGUCCUGCGGAAGCUUCCAGGGAGGCUUGUUACUGUGGUAGAGGAGAAGGAACCAAAAAGGAGAAGGCGGCGUGGAAGUGGAACUGGAGCUGGAGGUUCAGAAGAGGCAACAGUGGAGGAGCCUACUGUUGGAUUUGUUGAUGAACCAAACAAGGACAGUACAUCACCAAAUCCAGACGUCAAAACUAAAGGGACUGUUACUAUAUCCCCUCAGGACCAAGACCCCACCCCAAAUCCAUCUGUGCACCCACCGCCUGUCAGAGGUUAUCCUCCAUAUUCCCCACCUCAUCUUUCUCCUGACAUGCCUGUGCUGAGAAAUCUUCCUGUGCGGCGCAGGUUGGAAACGGAAUAUCGCAUGGCUGCUCAGUUGGGAGAGCAGCAGCAUUUGGGUAGAGGACGGGGAGGAAACCAGUCCAAGAAAACGGACACGCUUCCCAGAAAAGAUUCCUCCUCGACCGAGUCCACCGCAAAUUCUCUUGUGGCACCUUUUAAAAGAAAGAGGGGCCGGCCCCCUAAGGCAACCCUUGUGUUAUCUGACUUUGAUAACACAGCGACCUCCUCCCCACAGCCCAACUCGCCAAGUGAGGAAGUGAACCCUUCUCUCUCCCCAAAACGUAAGAGGGGUCGUCCCCGAAAAGACUCCACAACCAUGUUAGAUACUGUUGGUGAAGGAAAGAACUCCAAAAAUGAGAUUACCACAACUGAUGUAUCUGGUUUAUCAAAAACAGAUGGUAGCAAAGAGCCAAUAGCACCAUCUACACAUAAUUCAGAUACCCGUACAUCUGCUCUUGUCAGCACUGGUCAGGCUUCCCAGUCUACCAUAGCUGAAGAAAUAGACACUAAGCUUCAGGUUACACCACCAGUGACGGCCACUGUUCCAAGUGCAGCACAAGCCUCCACAACAAAAAUUCAAGACGACACACAGGUGUCAGCUUCAGCACCACCUGCAACUACACCUCAGGUGAGCCCACCUCUCCCGGUUACUACCUCCACUUCAGGCUCAAACCAAGCCCUCAAUCUAGCUACAGUUCCAAAAUCAGAUUCAACAUCUGCUCAAGUUUCCUCUUCAUUAUCUGCCACUGUUUCCACAUCCAUUACUAUCCCAGCCACUGCUACCCAGACUACCACAAGUUCACUGCCACCCGACAACACUGGCAUAUUAUCUGUACCAGUUGAGAAACCAACAUCUGCAACUUCAACACCUGCUGUAGAGCCAAAACCCGCAGCUUCUACAGCUGUGACAAUGGGACCAGACACUGCCAAAACAACCACCGUUUCCACACCAGAUGCUACCAUACCACCCAUUGUACCACCCGUAACAGCUGUGAAAGCAGUUCCAACUGCUGCUACUGCUACUACCAUAGUUCCUAAAACAAUACAAGAAAGUGUUACACCAGCAGUCGUUACUGUGGCAAAAGCCUUGCAAGUCACUGCUCUGCCAUCCACAAUACCUGGUCCAACAUCUGCACCAGCUAUCAGUGUAUCAAGUCCAGCUGCAGAUUCAUCAAAGCCACCCACGUCUGCCCCACUCACAGCAACAUCUAUAACUACAAUGACAACAGUCCAAGCUUGUCCAGUAAGAACGGGACCAGCAAGUCCAUCAAACCCAACAACAGUUAGCACAACAACUCAAAUAGAUCCAGUGCAAACAAGUCCACUUAACUCAAUAAUUGCUUCUGCAGUUUCAACUUCAUGUCAAGACAAUUUUGGCAAUACUUCUCCACCACCACCACCACUCCCUGAAGUUGACCUGUCCUCAGCAAGUACAGCGUCGUCUUCUCCAGGCCAACAAAGGGCAACUACAAAACCACUUCAAGCAGUGCAAGGAGAGACGCAGCCAGAACUAACCCCAGUGGCUGUCACAUCCUCUGCACUAUCUCCUGCUGCAAAUUGUCCAAUUUUGACUCCUCCUCCUGCAACUUCCAUCAGUGAUGUUGGCACCACAGAAGCAAAAAUUGUUGCCGUAACUUCAUCAACUUCAACAGAUCAUGUAAACGUAACAAUGCCUGCAGAAACAAUCUCUUGCAAAGAAUCUACUUCUGCUACAACCGGUACACCUCCAGAAAAUACCUUUGACAUCCCACUCUCCGUAACAACUACCACAGAUACUACACAAGUUCCACAGUCUGUUACCACAACUGCAUCUCCGGAAAUGUCAGUUACUAUUGCUUUCACAAACACUGUUACCACUGCCCUAAUAUCCACAACCACAGCUGCUGCUGUGUUAGUAUCAGCAACCACAGACGCUUCAACCAUAACUACUCCAUCUGUGUCCACCUUCCAAACCUCUGCAGCUAUUUCCCCCCAGGUCAUAAACUUUGAAUCCAAGGACGUUUCCCUUGAGGUGUUCACAUCAACCACGUGCGAGGCCCUGCCCGAGGCACCUGCAUCUGCCCCUCCUAGUGUUUCAUCUGAAAAGCAGUUUGAAGAGUCAAAUCAGAAAGUGUUGACAUCUAAACAUGACUCCGAUAUGGCUGAAAUGGAAGUAGAUCCUGUGGAGGCAAAGGACGGGGCAAACAAGGAGGGGGAAAAACAGCAGAUCAGUAGGUCUCAGCCAAAAAGGAGGAAGGUGGAGAGUUUCUCUGAGACUAAACAUUUGGACUCAGCUAGUGAGGAAGUAGGGGAAGAUAACGCCGCCUCCCAGAAAAAAGAAACUAUACAACAGGCAGCAGAAGAAACUACUGAAGACCAGAAACCUACCAAACAGAAAAAGUCCCUUAGUCGCCAGAGUAGUCAAGAUUCCACUUGUUCUUCAUCACCAUCUUCUGGGGCCUCUACAUCAACCCUCACUCGCCAUGCUCACCACAAGAGGACGUAUGAAAACAGACAUCCUGCCAAGAAGAGGCGUGUGGAUGUCACCUCUGAUGGAGGGAAUGAAGAGACGGAGGAAAAAGGUGAGGAAAACAAAGAGGAUGGCAGUGAACAGGAACCCAGUGCCACUACCUCUAAGGGAAGGCGUUCCAGGUCUUCGUCUUCUGACUCUGACUCUGACAAUGCCAAGAGCAGGAAGGAGCAUCGGUUAACACGCUCGGCCAAGCGCAGGUUACAAGAUCAGGAGAAGGAAAGGGGAAACAGGUCAGGAAAGAGACCUUCAUGCAGCUCAGACAGAACUGCACAGAACAAUGCCAACACGUCCACAGGAGGAGAGUCUGGCAGUGAUACAUCUUCUGUUAGGAUCACAAGAAAGUCUGCUGGAUCUCACUCUUCACAAGAUAGUAAACCUCAGUUAAACAGAGCCCCCCCCUCAUUGCCUCCGGAGCCUGAAGUCCUGGGAAAGAGAUGCUCAGCACUCAAUGCAGCAGCCAAGCUUCUAGCAAUGAAAGGCAGAGUGGACACCCCUGGCCACACCCCUCGGAAGGACUCUGUGGCUAAGGCUGCUGGGACGUCGCCUUCCUCUUCUGACAAGAACCAAAAGCCUAAAAAUAACAGUGUACCAGCCUCCCCUCAGAUUAACUCUGUAACGAAUAAUAAAGGCACUGGCAACAAACCUUUAACAACGCCCAGUCAGUCAAGUCGGGCGGCUUCCCGCUCCACCAGGCAGUGUCCCGGGUCUCUGGUUCCACCCCUGGAAUUAGAGUACAAGAGGUCUAAGCCUGAGGAAAAGGAGAGGGGGAGUAGAAAGUUGUCGAGGGGAAAGGAUGGUGAGGCUGAGACUCAGUCUUCAUCCAGGGGCCACAGUGCCUGCAGCAGCAUAAGCAGUGAUGGUGAGGCUGAUGGUGGCGGACGCAGCAGCAGAAGUCGCAGUAGCAGCAACAGCAGCCAACGUACCCAUAGCAUCAGCUCUCAAAACACAGAGCACAGAGGGUCCCACUCUCGAGCCGCUUCCUCUGGCAGCGAGCGCGAGAGGGACCGCAGCUCUGAUCGGGCAAAACGUAGAGACAAAAAGGACAAGCAGGGUCAUCAACGGGAGGGCCAAAGGGACAGUAGGAGGUCUCAUAGGCUAUCACAGGAGGUGACUAGCAGUUCGGGAACUGAGGGCACGCCGGACAGGGUGCUGCGCAGUGUUGCAGCACUUGCCGCCGUGCAGGCCAGGUCACCGGCCGCGAGCACUCGCUCCUCUUUUAGUCAACACCGUAACAACAAGACAUGAUCAGAGUGCCAAAGGGAAAAUAAAUCGCCGCUAGUGUUGUGGCAGAGCACGAUACAAGAACAUGUCAUGGCCUUCAAGGUUGCUGCUUUGUCUGCACUCAAAAGAAACGCAAGGGAUCUGAGUGCUGCACAAGCCAGGGACCUCCCUGCCUCUUCGGCCCUCUCCCUUUCCAAUUGGAGCUGGUCUGCCUACCAGCUCAGCUAUUGUCAGCUGGGGGAAGGCUCAGGGAUGAUGAUAAUGAUGAUGAUGGACUGAGAGUAAAAAUGUGGCACCAUCAUUGUGCGUUUGUAAAUGGACGUUAAGUUGGUAUAGUGGAUGAAUUCACCACAGGAAAGGGGCUGGAGAUAAUAAAGGCAAGUUGUUAGUUCACAUUAUGUACUGUAAUCAUUUAAGACUGGAACACUCAGAUCUUGGUUGACAUGGGACUAUACAGCACCCUCUGGGGUAUCAAAUGAACUCCUGUGUGUGUCAUUAAAAACAUUUGAGUGACCAGUUGUAUUGUAAGUUGGCGGUUUUAGAAAGUUUGGUUUUGAAAGUUUCGUCAGCUGUCCUGACUAUUGUUUCUUUGUAGUCAGUUGAUAAGUUAUGCAUAUUUUAUUAUAUCUUCCAGGGUAUUAGGAAGAGAAACUGAUCUGUCGAUGUGAUCGUUGCUGCACUAUGCUGGAACUUGUCUUUGCUUGGGCCCUAUUUCAUGUCAACUUCUGUUCAUUUGAUUCUUUUUUUUUCUUUUUUUUUUAAUCAGGCCUUGCAUUUCUCAUUUGCACAUCGGGCCCUGGGCCUUUGGUUACAUUGUGGUCUAGUUAUUUGUUUUUACAUCAAUUUCAGUGAAUUAAGUGGUUCCUGGUCUAUCAUAAUGUAUCUCUUCUAAUUGAAGUUGCAAAUUAUCUUGAAGACUUGACACCUGGAGAUAAAGUCCAAAUCUUCCCAAAGGUGGUUAUUGUCAUGUAUUUAUAGUGUAAGGGCAAGAAAAUGUUAUUGAAAUUAAAGAGUGCCUCUUUGGCCAAAUGGGUUUGAACCUCAGAUUGCCUUGUAAAGCACCUGAAGCAGAGGUGUUGAGCUUCUUUCUUUAUUAAAAACAAAAAAGCCAAACAAAAAAAAAUACAACCCCUGCAAACAUUAAAAAGAGCACCCUGUGUAUCAGUGCUAUCAAAUUGUUUUACUUUCACCUUAAAUGUUUGUCUCAUCACUUCAUUUCUUUGUCCAUGUAAAAAAAACAAAACAAAAAAAACGCUUGGACAGAAUAUGUGAAUAAAAUUACUGGUGCAGUUCCAGAUGUAAAUUGUUGAUUUAAUUUUUACAAAAGUUAUAUUUGGAGGGAGGGUAGUUCAUGGUGAUGGUCUUACUUUUGAUUUGUCUCAUUUAAUUUGUUGCAUUCCUUUUGAUCCCUUGUAAUUCCACAUUAUUUUACUUGAAAAUUAAUUAAGGCAAUUACAGUUGAAUAAAAAGACCAAAAAUGUGUUGCAA